AAGUAUAUGAUCAGCCCUCUGAGAAACAGUUAACCAUGAAAACGCAAAGAAAAGUGGUUAAAUAACUCAAUUAAGCAGGUUUGGGGCUUGCUGAUUGCCAAAAUGUCAGCGGAUAUUCUUCGUAGGAACCCUCAGGAUGACUUUGAACUUAUCCAGAGAGUGGGAAGCGGAACAUACGGGGAUGUAUACAAGGCUAAGAGUCUGGACACAGGAUCACUUGCCGCCAUGAAAGUGAUCAAGCUGGAGCCAGGUGAUGAUUUUGCCAUCAUUCAACAAGAGAUAAUCAUGAUGAAAGACUGCAAACAUCCCAAUAUAGUAGCUUACUAUGGCAGUUAUAUCAGGAGGGAGAAAUUGUGGAUUGCAAUGGAAUAUUGUGGAGGUGGAUCCAUGCAGGAUAUCUAUCAUGUGACUGGCCCCCUGGCUGAGCCCCAGAUAGCGUUUAUAUGCAGAGAAACACUGAAGGGUCUGAAGUACCUUCACAGUCGGGGAAAGAUGCAUAGAGAUAUCAAGGGUGCUAAUAUUUUACUAACAGAUGAAGGUGAUGUCAAACUUGCUGACUUUGGUGUGUCGGCCCAGAUAACUGCAACAAUGUGUAAAAGAAAAUCUUUCAUUGGGACACCUUACUGGAUGGCCCCCGAGGUGGCUGCUGUGGAGAGGAAGGGGGGCUACAACCAGCAGUGUGACAUCUGGGCCGUGGGCAUCACUGCCAUUGAGUUUGCUGAGUUGCAGCCACCCAUGUUUGAUCUUCAUCCCAUGAGGGCGUUGUUUUUGAUGUCAAAAAGUGGCUUUAAACCUCCUCAGCUCAAAGAUAAAAACAAAUGGACCACAGUCUUUCAACAUUUUGUCAAAGUUACACUGACUAAGAAUCCAAAGAAGAGGCCCCCAGCUGAUAAGUUGUUAGAGCAUCCGUUCCUGCAGCUUGAUAUCAGUAGGCUCUUGAUAAAAGACUUGUUGGAGAAAUCACGGAACCCCACUACAAACAACCAUUAUGAGAUGUCAGAAGAUGAUGACGGGUUCCUACAGGAUGCACCACGGAGGAUAUCAUCCAAGAAAACUGCUCGCAAAGAAGCUACAAAUAGUAUCGAAUUGAAAGUGAAUUUGAAUUUUGAUUCACCCAAGGAUGAACAGUAUGACACAGCACGCCCCUGGCCCGACGAUGACCUGUCCAAAAAGACAUUACUAGAGUCAGUUGACGAGGAGUUACUACAGAGGGGUCAUCGAAGUAGUUUAGUUUAUGAAGAAGUCAACUUUGAACAAUACUAUACAAUUAAAGGGUCAACAUUGCCAGUCCAGCCACCAGCUCUUCCUCCAAAGCCCCCAAAGGCAUCAGGAGGUCACAUGGAGAAGCAUGAGCUGGAGGCAGGCAGUCCCAUUGACCAGCAGGUGGACAGUGGACCGGACAUCGAUUCCCUCAUCGACCGGAUGUUGACUCUCACCCCCAAUGCUACCAUACCCCAAGAAUUCACAGAUGAAAAACCACCGGAGCUUCCCCCCAAAACUCGCCAACACGCUAAUGGGGACCUACCCCACACAGAAAAUGGCAUGUCUCCAGUAUCAGUAGGGGCACCACCACCUGCCGUCCCCCCUCGUCGGAGGCCCAAGAAGGAUUCACAAUCAGAAUCAACAGAUACACAAUCUAGACCGGUCAGCAAUGGUCUUCCACCUACCCCCAAAGUUCAUAUGGGAGCUUGUUUCUCCAAGGUGUUCAAUGGCUGUCCGCUCCAGAUUAACUGUACAGCGAGCUGGGUGCAUCCAGUCAACAGAGAUCAGUACAUUUUGAUAGGUGCCAAUGAAGGUUUAUAUACACUUAAUCUCAAUGAGAUUCAUGAAUCAACACUUGAAUUGCUACAAGCAAGACGAUGUGUAUGGCUGUAUGUGAUAAAAGAUGUCCUCAUGUCUAUAUCAGGGAGAACGCCCCACCUGUACAGGCAUGACUUGAUGAUGCUCCAUAGUAAACAAACAAGUAGAUUUUCACUGAAUAUGACGAAAAUUCCAAAAAUUCCCAGAAAAUUGCAGCCCACGGUAAAAGUGCCAGACACGAGGGGAUGUAUGCGAUGCUGUGUGGGGCGCAAUCCAUACAACGGCUACCGCUACCUGUGCGGGGCACUGCCAACAGGGGUGCACCUGAUGCAGUGGUAUGAGCCUCUCAACAAGUUCAUGUUGCUGAAGACAUUUGACAUAGAACAGAUGCCUCCACGGUUGGAUGUGUUUGAGAUGUUCAUCAGUCCAGAACUGGAGUACCCCAUGGUCUGCUUUGGUGUGAGGAAAGGAACUGACAGGAAUCAUGUGAAAUUUGAUGUGAUAAAUCUCAACUCUGCAUCCAGCUGGUUCACUGAUCUGGACUUUACAGGAGAGUUGUUACCAGUGGUUAAUGUGACACAAAUGGAGAAAGACACAGUGUUGGUAUGUUAUGACAAGUAUGUGAGAGCUGUGAACAUGACUGGGAAGCUGAGGUCCAGUAAACGUCAGCAGUCAGAGCUCCACUUCGACUUCCCAGUAGAGUCUGUCGUGUGUCUACAAGACAGUGUACUGGCCUUCCACAAACAUGGCAUGCAAGGACGUAGCUUCAAAGCCAAUGAGGUAACGCAGGAGAUAUGUGAUCGAUCAAGGACGUUUAGGCUGCUAGGAUCUGACAGGGUGAUCCUUCUGGAGAGCAGGGCCACAGACGUCCCAAGUGAAAAUUCCAAUCUGUAUGUUCUGGCUGGCCAUGAGAACACAUACUGAAUAGGUCAGCACGACAUGAACGCCAUCAUGUCCACCUGGCUAUGUCCAGUUGACUGGCUAGUCUUUCAUGUUCUGCCAGCAAGCCUCUGUUGAAACUAGCACAGCCUGCAGACACUGGGCAGAGUGACCAUCAGAUAAGUAAAACUGCCUGGUUCCACCUACAAGCUCUUCCACCUAUGCCACAGCCACUAGCAAUGAGGAAAUGUGUCUGCUAAACUGAUUGUGUGAGAAGCCGUUUUUGAAAUAUGUACUCAUUAUCACAUUUAUGGCACAUUGUUCAGGUUUUAUUAUGUUCACUUUUCACAUUUUCAUGGAUUGUUGCUGAAUAAAAUGUUUAAAAAAUAUACAGCCAUUGCAGUUGACACCUUGUUGUCAAGUUGAAAGUGGUCAAAGAACCGGAUGACAAGAUGAGGGUAUGCCAUGUGUUGAGGAAUCUGUGACACAGUUUUCAGGAUUUGGAGACAAGACUUCUCCCAGUCUGGAGGAUAAUAGGACACGCUGUUUCCAUCCUCUGGUUCAGUCAGUCUUUGUGAUGGACACACCAAUUCAUAGAUUUAUUGUGUGCUGAAAUGCUUUUCCAAGUAUGCUCAAAACUGUUUUGAUUAUUUGUACAAUCAUAUUCAAAGGUCACGAUGAGCGGUGUAUGUAUGUGAGAUGUGUUGAGAAUCUGUAGACUUCACCCAGGUGCUUCUGUAGGCAAACCAGGGCUUUCCACAAAGAAAUCGUUGAGUCUGUGUUAGUGUAGGGGGUCUACGACAAUUGGCUUUGUGAAAUGAAGCAGCAGGCCUCAUCUACAAAGUGUUCAAAGUGUUACGACUAUUGUGACUCUGUUACAACAUAGUCUUACGACUGUCACCGUGCAAUGAAGACUUUGUACAUAAGACCCUGAACUGCUUCAGGUCAGCUUACAGGUCAGCUUACAGGUCAGCUAAGUAGCUUUUUUACCUCUGUUGUGAGAAUGUUCGAGUGGAUUCUCAGCUAAUCUACACUCACACCCUUUUGUAUUGAAAGGAUAGUGUACAAGGUUCUCAGACCAUGUAAUGCAUGCGUUAAGUUGGCAGUAUAAAUGAAUAUUGCAUUAAAAAAUUAGAGACAUGUAGCUGGUGUAAUAGAUGUAUAUAAAAACACAAAAUGUGUUUAAUAUUUGGUGAAAAAUAUAACAUACAGAUAUAAUCUGUAAUUUUGAAGUUAUUUAAAAAUGGAUUUUAUGCAUUAAUGGGAGUUUCAGGAUUCCAAGAAAUGUAUCAGCGUUUGUGAUACUUGUCAAGGAAAUGCUAUGUGUUAAAUUAGGAAUAUAUAACCCAAAACCAGGUGAUUCAAGGUGCUCAGGUGAUACACUGUGUUCUAAAAGACCUAUGUACUUAUCAAUAUACCCAGAUAUUGUCUUUAGGCAGAAAGACCCAGCUUCCAGUAAUGACCUUGAUGCUUAAGUAACCUUUAACUUUGACUUGUAAUUACUCAUGAAAAAGGUCAGCCAUGCUUGAUAAAAUAUAUUUGCCAUUAUUCAAGUUAAUUAAUAGCUAACUGGAAGCUAACACUAGAUGCCUUGUAAUGGAUUUACUGUGUUGAUAGUCCAUGGUGAUGACGUCACAGAAUGACUAAUUUACCGUUUUUUCAUAUUUAGUUCUGUACAGUUGGCACUGCUAAUUAUGUAAAUAUGUAAACAGUUAUUGUAUAGUUCCAUGUACUUGUGUGCUUCAGGAUGUUCUGUGGUUCCUGUUUUAAUAUUGAUGGAUGAGAGUGCGAGAGGGGUUAUUAUUUUACUUUUUGUAAACUUAUUGAACACCAUGCAUUUUUCAUGUUCAGUCACCCACAAUAAAAAGAUUUGUAAAUAUAUUUGUGUUUAACCUAGUAAAUUAAUAUUCUUUUUAGUUUCCAUUGUUUUAUUAUAUUUGAAUGUUAAAUUGUAUAGUUAUUUAAUAUGAGCAUUAAUUUUUCAUGAAAAAAUACAACUGAAGCAUCUUUCAAACUUUCUGGACUAAAAUGCAUCAGCGAUGAUGCUACUGUCCGAAAGUUGAAUGUUCAGCCAAUGUAGCGGAUACUUGUUGCAGUGGACGUAUUUCUCCAUCUACUCUGUUUCCAUGCUUGUCAACUGUAACCUUCAGUCUAAGUAAACUUAGGCUCAGUGUUAUUCGUUACACUGCUAUACUGAGUCUAACAAACCCUAGUAGAAGGCCGCGUCAGCUAACCUUGGAGCGAUCUGUGACCGUCCAAUCAUAUGCGAGACAGUCGAACGGAUUUCACCAAUCAGACAACGACUACUUGUUAGGUUUCGGCGGGACUUACAAAACGAUUUUUUUAUUUUCUCUUCCCUGGUCGCUGAAACUGAUCCAUGAACAAAUGAAAAUCCGCAAUUAACACAGAUAUUUGACGUGGUUACUAUUAGCUUAUAUUUCCGCAAGAUGACAUCCUUGUAUAUGAGAAAUCACUAUUUUCAGCGAUUGUUUACUCAUUGCGUCCUCCAUGUGUAUCACUUGGAAGCGAUCGUGUGGAAAAUAGCAUUCGGAAUCAUUCGAGUUUUUGAGGUAACGGUUCAAAAGCUAUGUGCGAAUUUCAACUUUCGCGAUUUGGUAAGCUGUGACCUGAUUGGUCAGUCCAAAAGGUUAGCUGACGCGGCCUUCUACUAGGGUUUGUUAGACUCAGUAUAGCAGUGUAACGAAUAAUUCUGAGCCUAAGUUUACGUAGACUGGUGUAAGCUUGUACUUUUGUCUCCUCUCUACUUAUUACAACAGCAUUAACAAAUUACAAAAAUACGCACAGUCAACAGCAUAUUUUUCUGUGGCAAAGUAAUAUGUUUUUCAUUUAGUGACAUGAUUUGUAAAUAACAUACAUCUGAGAAACUGAAUAUUCCAAAUGUUCUCCUUCAAUCAAUAGUUUAACUAAAAACAUUGAUGGUUAUUCUAAAAGGCUGCUUGAAGGCCAGUAAACAAUUGUGCAAUAUUGCCCACCACAAUAUUCCAUGUGAAACUGAAAGUCCCUCUAGAGAAAGGUGUACAUAAUAUAUACGAUGUAUCAUGAACUGUACAAGCACAUUCGUACAUGAUUUACUCUGUAUGAAUUAGCUUUUGAAUAUAGAUGUUGAUGCCUUUGAUCAGUAUUUGUCUUCUGUAAUGAAUUUCUGUAUGGCUUCCAUGAGUUCAAGUGAAACAUUAUUUUGAAGUGUUUGAAAGUUGUGUCCUUGUUGUCAUGGAGAUGCUUUGUAAACAGUGGAGCCACACUGUAAGAUUGUGUCUGAUAUAACUCAUGCUACACCAGAUUGAAGAAGUCUUUCGAACUCUUUCGAACUAUCCUUAUAAUGUUGAUCUUGUUUGAAAGUCUCUUGAUGUCAGAAAAUAGUCAAUAUGAGUCUCACAACAGGUUUCACGUCAGUUCCUUUUUUACAACAUUGAUUGCCCUCGAAAAUGUCACAAGGAUAUUUUGCAAUUUUUAUACUUGUAAACCUUUUCUUUAAAGAAAAUUUCUCCAUUGAAAUUAAUGUAGAGCAGUUCUGAUGUCAUCGCUAUGCCAACCAGGUGUUACAGUGCCUCAGAAUAAGCCCUGUGUUAUGAUGAUAUUUUGUCCAGAUGGCGCCGAUGUUAAGUUCUGGCUCUUUUCCCCUUAGUAUUUGUACCUUACCAUGUUCUUAGAAUUAAGAUUUAAGUGCAUAUUUUCCCAAAGGCAACCAAUUAGAGACAAUCACCUUACCUCAUUACAAUAUCCUGCCUUUGACAUUAGUUCCUUGUUGACAGUCAGAUGCAGUAGUUGUCUUGUGUGAUCAGUUCAGAGCUAUACUGCUCCAAAGAAGUUAAGCACCUGUUUUUUCUCUCAUGAGGUUCUAUUUAUUCUGUCAUGACAUGACAGAUUAAGUGCUGUCAAGAGAAAGAAUUGUGUGUCCUUCAACUUCUUGUGAGUGGAAAAUAUUCAGUGUUAGGUCUCAGAGUAAAUUAUUUCCAAGUUUAACUGGGAACAAAUUCAUUCGUCAUCAUACACACUUAUUUUGGGGAUAUUGUUUUCAAAACCGAAAACCAUUAUGUGAAGUUUGUGAAAUAUUUACGAAAGUAUGCUUCAUGUGGCUUUACACCAAUGUGUUUGUACAUCUCCAAGUCACAGCAUGCAUCCAUAGUGCUCCUCUGACUGCUUAAAUAAAUGUCUAUUUUUCAUAAUAACUUUAAAACAUAGCUAUUUUUAUGUUUGUAGUUUGUAAAUAAGAUUCCCUGUUUCAAUCAGAUUUUUCUAAUAUUUUUCAUUAUGGCACUGUAGAAUAUGUACCCAGUCUCUGGAUGGUAUUGUGGUAAUCUUGUAUCGGGAAGUAUGUAGACGAAGAUCGAAAAAAGGAAGCAUUGGACUAAUAAACUUUCAGUGGUCUUUAAAUCAAUUUUCAAAUUUUGACUGUUCAAUCAGAAAUGAUUGAUGCAAGCUUAAAUUCUUCUUUUCAAAAUUGUCGUCCAUCUUUAUUUGGCCAAAUUAAAGCCUAAAAUUGUUGUAGGGAGGAUAUGAACUGCUCUGUGUUCUAUCCCAUUGAUAACUUACAAUCAUGUUCACCACAUAAGAGUUGUGAAUGAUACCGAGGGUACAAUAUCUUCAUUACACCAGCAGAACUAACACUGUUAAGAUAUCAACAUUCGAAGAGAAUUUUUCUUUUGAGAACAAUUGUUUUUUUUCUGGGUAUUUUUCCCUUCCCCCCAGCUAGAACUUUCCAUGAAAGAAAUGAAUCUGGUCAGAUUGUGUGUUCUGCGGAAAUGAGUAGAUGGCCCUUCAGUAAGCGGCGCUUCUAGUCAGGUUGUCAAUGCUGCUACUGCUGUCAAAAGUUCCCCUGAUAGUAUAGUUCAUAUACCUGUAGUUGUAUAUAUUCUGUAUAGGAAGUCCUAUACCACAAUGUAUAAUGGCACUGUGCAACAGGUUUGUGCAAAAUAUGCUUUAUAACUGUAGAGUGUUAAAAGGAACAGCUCUGAAAAUGUUCCUAACUGAUUAUGAUUUUUUCUUUGAUUUGCAGCAAGUAGAGGGCUGUAUAAAUAGGCUCCAUAUUGAUCAUCUCUCCUGAAAUUGCUGACUUGGCUGUUUAUUACUGAUUGCCAAGCAUGUACACAAAUGCUUGGUAUUUCACAACACUGUGCCAUACUUUUUCAACAUAAGUGAAUUCAUGUAAGUUUGUUGCUAAUUUGGGUUGCAGACUGGGUACAGCCUGUAACAUACUGCCUGUAAAGUUACAGUAAUGCUGUUACACUAAUGACAUUUUCUGAUAUUGACACACAUGUUCCACCUUCCGUGUUUCAAGGUACUUCAUAUUGAACUUGAACUUACCAACAUCUAUAUAACAUUAUGUUAUGCUUAAUCAUAGAUCUUCAGAAUAUAUCUUCACAAGUAUAUAAUUGUUGUUUCUUUUAAUUUUAUUUUAACAUUAAUAUCUACCAAAUUGUUAAAUUUACUUCAAGUGACAAUUUGAUCCAUAUAUUUUGCUGUAGUUACAAUGUUAAGCGUAUAUCAUGAAAUACAUAUAGGCUAUAAAAAAAGUCAGUGUAUAGCAUUUCUGUAAAUACACGCAGAGACAUUAUCAGCUAUACAUUUCAACUUUGUCAUAUCUAAGAUCCUAUCCGAUUUUUGCUGUCAAUGGGAUGACUAGUGUACCUUGGAGAUGCCCUACUGUCUAAUGCUGUUGAUAGGUAUGAUAGCAGUCUUGUUAAUAAUGAAACUUUGGUAGAAGACUUAAAUUAUUCCCUCAUCAUGUUUGAAACAAGGAAGCAGUAUGAUUGCUGACCAUGAAGCUUCCAUUUACCCAUUGCGAAGGAGAGCAUUGCUCUGUUCGAGUUUCAAUCCUUUCCUUUAUGUUCUUAUUGUAGAUAUUUUGUUGUAUUUUACCAUGUUUACUUAAUGUGAUACUAGCAUAAGCUUUUGACUUCGAUAUGCAUGUCACAGUUAUAUAUGUCAGUCACUUUUCUCUUGUAUAUUUCCUUAUUUCCUUUAUUUAUGAUUCUUCUGGUUAUUACUGAGGUUUGUUUUUAAGGUGACAAUGACACAUUCCUUUUGGAAACACACGUCAGUCUAGCUAUGAUACUGUACUCCACUGGAACAUUUAGAUGAAAGCCAAAAUAACACUUUUGAAAAAUGUGGUUUAAUUCUUAAUUUUGUUCUGAUUUGUGAAAUUGCAGAAGGACUUGUGUUUUGUUUGUAAAUAUUAGCAAAGAAAGAUACAGAUUCAUACCCAAAUUUUCUCAAAUAAAAUACAGGAUCAUUUCUGAAUGUUGGUUCCAGUCUUCAACUAUUUACAGACCGUCACCAUAUAGCUGGAAUAUUGCUGAGUGUGGUGUAAAACAACAAAAAAGUCUUGGUCAGAAGGUCUUAUUUUGCAGGUAUAUCAUACAAGUAUAUAUCAUAGCCAUGUUGACUAUAAUGUCCAACACUGAGUUGGUGUAUCCACUGUCAAUGCCUAAUCUUGUAUUCAGUUAUGUGUGCAGUUUAAUGGUGGAAAUAAAAGUUUCACAGAUAUUCCAGAAAUUAAUGUUGCUCGUCCAAACUUGAAUUAUCAUUGCGCUUAAUGGUUUUGAAGUAACAGUAAAUGAAAGCACUGAUUUUCCAGAGCUAAUGCAGAAUGUUUUAUGACAAUCGCUGAGUCAAAACGAAGUGUUGUUGUAAUCCAAUACCAGAUUCUCUGAGAACUGCUAAUGAUUCUCCGACCUGUCUUUCCUCGAUCAACAGUUAUUGGGGGAACAUCAUAAUUGUUUUUACAGGAGUAAUGAUUUAGAACUUAUGUUCUGGUAAUGACUAUUUCAUGGGUUGUGUACUGUUAAACUGUUGGCAUUUUGUUGCUUGUGUUAAUCAGUGGAUGCUAUAGAAGUAGUGACUGGGGAUCUUUGACAAUAGAAUCAAGUUGAGUAACAGUUCCUUCAAUAUGGCUAGUUAACACUUAAAAACUUAGUAUGUUCUGUGUUCAACAUACUGUGAUCAUGCCCAUAAUCGAUAUGAAAUGAGACUGAUGUGAUUUUGAAAAUGAAUGUUUUCACGAUUAUAUUUUACAUGAGGAAGAAAAAGACCUCAUUUUUUAUCCUUCUCAGAUACUUGAUUAUUGAAGGGUUUUGGAAACUGUUACAGAAAUGACAGGUUGUUUUGUGUGUAUACUUAAUACUUUGUUGAACAAUUUCUGAAAGGCCCCAGUCACCCAGGAGGCACAAAGCAUCUACAGCCAGGAUGUGAUUCUGUAUAUUGAGUAAUGUGAUGCUCCAUUGCUCUAUAAAUGCAUGUAUUAGUAACUUUAUGAAUAAAGAAUUGUAUAAUUGCA